CAAUCCUUGAACUUUACUACCGUUCACGCGAGAAAUAUUCUUUAACGCUUUAUUACAUAUUCAUGAAGACAAAAAAUGAGAUUAGAUUAAUGGGCUGACGUUCGUCGAACUGGCUGUCCUCCAAUACUUUUCUGCGCGUUCUAUUUCCAUUCUAUUUCAUCGAAUCUAAGUUCGGCUGCCCACGCGUUCGCAGUGCAAAAACGCUAUCAGUGUAAGCGGUGUGUCGGCGUGGCAGAGUCAGUUCUUAGCUGUUACAUAAAAAUCGAGCGUGGGAAUGAAUUAACGAGUCGUACUAGCCGAUUAUGACGCACGUGUCGCGAUAACAGCAUUUCCAACUAAAACAAUUUAACACCGGUGGAGGAGAAACAGGCGCGACAGCGUCGUGUUUCGCGAUAACCUUCGUAAGAAUAGUAUGUAUAAAGUACUUCACAAUCAAGACAUCAAACACGAGUGUUCGCGGUCAAGGGGACUGCAUGCGUAUCCUGAUCACUUCAGGGAACCUAAUAAGCUCUACCUCUAAACCAGCCGUCUACUAAAUGAUCAUUUAAAGGUUCCUGUCCUCUGGUAGGACUCUGUAUAUAGUGUACAUAUCGCUUUUCUAACAAAGGAUCUCGCUCAGAUAAGCCGAGCAAGCUCGAAGGAUCGAACAGUCACGCGGGGAUUUAAAAGGAGCUCGAAAAGAUUGCACUAUACCCACUACCCCAUAACAUCCGACGCACAGCACCACCUAGACGCACGUACCGGUGAUAGCAAAAAGAAACGCUACUACACUGGAUAAAGCAGAGAUACCGAGAGAAAAAGAUACGAAAAUGAGUACAGUGAAGCAACAAGCGUCGGACGAUUUCCCUUUGUGGAUGAAGUUCCUCACUGCAGGCACAGCAGCCUGCAUCGCUGAUCUAGCGACGUUCCCGCUGGACACCGCCAAAGUCAGAAUGCAGAUUGCUGGAGAAAGUCGUCCACUUCUGUUGGCGGCAACGGACGGCUCCAUGUUAGCGGUCCGAAACAGCCAGCCAGGAUUAUGGAGGACAGUAGGGAACAUCAUCAGACUCGAAGGAGCAAGGAGCCUGUACGGAGGUCUGUCCGCGGGACUCCAGAGACAGAUGUGUUUCGCCAGCAUACGGUUGGGCCUCUACGACGGGGUGAAGUCACGCUACGCUGGAAUCAUCGACGCAGGUAAUAACAGGAGCGGAUCGAAGAAUAUCUCCGUACGAAUUGCCGCUGGAAUCACAACGGGAGCCCUGGCGGUGCUCUUUGCUCAACCGACCGAUGUCGUCAAGGUUCGUCUACAGGCUGGUAGCAUUGGACGAUCAUCGGUGAGAUACAGCUCGACCUUGCAGGCGUACAAAAAUAUCGCUGCACAAGAAGGGACCCGAGGCCUUUGGAAAGGAACCAUUCCUAACAUCUCGAGGAACGCCAUAGUGAACGUGGCAGAGAUCGUCUGCUACGACAUCAUCAAGGACUUCAUUCUGGAGUCCGGCUACCUCAGGGACGGUAUUCCUUGCCACUUGUCGGCCGCCGUGGCAGCAGGUCUGUGCACCACCCUGGCAGCCAGUCCUGUGGACGUGGUGAAGACUCGUUACAUGAACAGCGCCCCUGGCGAAUACAAAGGCGUGAAGGAAUGCGCUGUUCGUAUGAUGAAGGAGGAAGGACCGUCCGCCUUUUACAAAGGCUUCGUGCCCAGUUUCACUCGGCUGGUGUCCUGGAACAUCGUUCUCUGGAUCACCUACGAGCAAUUCAAGAUCUACGCGAAGAGUAUGAACCAGUAAAACACCCUUCGCCGCGGAACCUCCUCAUCGAUCACAUAUACACGCAUACAUACACCGUGUUUUAAUCAACUGCAGCUUCAUAAUCUGUACUCUAAUCGUGUAGCUUAGGGAUAGGAGGACGAUUAGGUCGUGUAUCGUUUAGAUUUCGCCGUUUCGAAUAGAAUCUUGUCUGCCGUCGUUCGCUGUCCGAUCGAUCGCGUAACUUUACAGCUGCAUGUUGUUUUGCAUCGAUUCGAGACUUUUGACUUUCAACGAUAGAUUUACCUCAUACGUAUUCCUAUGUAAUAAAUAGAAUUCUUGCCUAUACGUGCCUAGAGGACGAUGAAUUUUUUAUAGAAAGUUAUAUGACGCUGCUUCGUAGGGUACACUGGUCGCACGAAUAUAGUAUUUGUUCUUAGACUUUAUUUUUAACUAACGUUUACGAUUCUUUACUAAUCGAAUUUUGUUAAUCGUUCGUUGCUAACGGCGGCAGCCAGUUCUCCUAUCCAUCGUUGUAUCUUAAUUUUCUUUUCGUAGUUGUGACCGCGCGUGCAUUUAUCAAAUUAAACUCAUUCGGUAUCUUCAAAACGGAGGAGAUUCUCCGUUCAAAAUUGUAAUUGGCUCGUGUCAAAGUAUCGAUUCAAAAAUUCGAAACGUAUCUCUAUGUGACCAUUUUUCGCAAAGUGCACGCACGAUCGGAACAAUUUUAGGAAUCUCUGAAUAAUCCAUAAAGAAAAUUUUGGCUAUGUAAGGUCAACUUUAGGUAAACUAUGUAGGCCAAUAGAAAAGAAUGAAACUUUUUCCCAUAUGGGUAGCUAGUAUUAAAAAUUGCGUACGCAUUACGAAACGCCAGACAGACAAUAAGAUUGAAGAAAUUUCGUUGAAAAACUUUGCAGAGUUUGUUAACGGGAGCUACACACUGUAUCGCGAUAAUUUUUGCUUUGAAACUCCGAUUAAUUCUUCGACGUACUGUAACCACGAGCUAACGAGGAUCCUUCGCUUCGCUGUAUGAUUGCAAACGUUCUUUUUUUGCUUCUAAUCGAUUACUUACGCGGGAAUGGUUUGACGAUCGCUGCUAGACGUUAGGAAGAUACAGGCGAAUAAUUCAUAUUCUCGUUUCGGGUCAAUUAAUGUUGUACAGGGCACAAUUUUUAUCGAAUUUCUGAUCGACGAUUUGUAGUCUGUUUAAGGCUAUGUUACCUACCAUCUAUUGAUGUACGUUUCACAUUAAAGAGUAAUUCUUAACUUAUUAA